AUGCCACAGAUGUCGGAGAACAUCUGCAGCGCGCCGGUCGCUGGUAACAUCGCGCCGUCGGCGCACAGCCCAUGCCACUCCGUAUCCUCUGCCCUCCCAGUUACCAACGGCCUGGUGUUCAAUGACCUAACCAAUUCGUCCUUCUCGGAGCACCCAUUGAGCGAGUCGAGUGGCGGCGUCUUGAUCCAGCCGCAGAUCUCCGGUAACGUUGCUGACUUCCAGAACUUUUUCGAUGAGCCGAGCAAUUGGGAGUGGGCAGUGAACGCCCUAUCCGUGGAACCAGGACACAGCGAUCGCAACAUCUUUGUCUCGAAGCUGCCACCCACCUUCAAGGAUGCGGAUCUGCAGGAGCUGUUUCAGAACUUCGGCCCCGUGGUGUCGGCCAAGGUGAUGCUGAAUGUGAAGACGGGUGUCUCCAAGGAGACGGGCUUUGUGCAGUUCACCAACUACAAGGACGCACUGCGUGCCCGCGCUUUCUUCCGACUCCGCGUGCCCUCCUCGUCGACCACGCCUGCAAUGCCAGAGGUGGUGACGCAAUGGGCGCAGAACAAGCACGACGGUGGCCUCUACGGCGAGCGAUGCCAGCAGGUUCGCAAGCUGUUCAUCCGAAACGUUCCGGGGCAUAUCACGCAGGCGGAUAUGAGGGGGUUUGUCAGCCAAUUCGGAAGCGUGGGUGAUGUCUCGGUGCACAGCGAUACGUAUGACGCUGCACCGGCCUCCUCCCCUGGGCGAGGGCGGCGCCUCAAGCAGAUUUCUUCUUCCGAGGGCACCGAAGGGGAGGAGGCAGAGGCGUCUCGGUCAAGCACUGAGGAGGAGGAACGCGAGACGAUCAUCUGUUUCGUGACCUUUGUGGAGGCCGGGGCAGCGAUGCGGGCGUGCCGUGCGAUCCACAACACAACACCGUUCGAUUCGUGCAACGGGGUGCCGUUGAUGGCCAAGCUGGCGGAGGAUAACAGCUCUCGUCACGCCCGGCGCCACCACGGCGCAGCAGGGGCGAAGGCUUUGCCCGCCUCGCGCGGCGCGUGCGCACCCUUGUGCGACGGCAGCAGCGCCUACAGUAGCGUCUAUAGCAGCGAGGCGCACACGCCCCUCGCUGGUGCGGUCGGCUAUCACCGCGUCAGCCAUCCGUCUCAGGUGCCGGUGUCACAGCAUCAGCAGCAGCAGUACAACGCCGUUUCCAACUACAUCAUGCAGCCACCACCUCCGCCGAUGCUGUCGGCGAGUUAUUUGCACACGGACUUGUCGCCUGUGUACCGCAGCCAGCCUUCGACACCGCAGCACUCUUCGCAGAGUGCACAGAACACCGGCUUCGGCAUUCCGGCCCCGCGCCGGAGUUUUCAGCAGCGCUGCGCUGCCAUGUCCCCGACAUCGGCUGUGCUGCCAGCAACGGUCAUCACGCCUUGCUCGCCUUCCAUCCUCUCCACGACGAUGUCGCCCACUGCCCAGCAGCAGGCCCACUCGGCUUGCACUCGCCGCGUGCCGCUGCCGCCGGCGCUCUCCAUGGAGGCAACCGAGAGCGUGUCGACGAGCGUGGCGAUCCCAACCACCACGACGUCCGCCCCAUGCUCGCUGCCCCACCCCGCUGCCGUCUACGCACACACGCCGCUCCGCAGCUUUAGGGAGACACCUGUGCAGUCGCCACGCCACCGACAAAGUCCCCCAUCUGCGACCCAGGUGGGGAACUACUUGAGCGACACCUGCACGGCUAUGCACACCCCGUACAUCGGACAUCAGCACCAGCAGCGGCGCUUGCCCAUGAACCAUGAUGACGUCCAGGGUGCUUACCACCCGAACGGCGACUUCUAUCAGGAGUACACUUACAGCGACCCCAUGGGCCCGAUGGAGCUGAACAUGCAUCCCAUCUCGUCUUCGACGUCGUCAGAGACGAUUCGCGAGUACGGCAACACUGGCGGCGCUGAGCUCAGUGCCUACCAGGCUUGUGAUAACCAGUGCGACGUAGCGCCGCUCUGGCAGCGACGCAUGGACCGCCACGGAGCAACAACGGUGUAUGCAGCUGCCGUGGCGGCCCCUGCCAUGGUGCCGGAUCUCUCGUCGUGCACCGCUUACGAUGCGCAGCAGGCAUAUGCGUGCGCCGAAGUCGCGCUCUCCAUGGGCGCGACCAUGCAACCGGAAAUCUGGGGGACUACCUCGUCACAGCAGCCGAAGUCUGCGGUGCCCUCGCCGUACGCGCUAUACCACCAAGCCAUGGUCCUGAAUAGCGGCAGCCAGACUACCACUCCGAGCAACGGGGCGUCGGGGUCGGUGCGGUACCGCAACAACCCGUACAGCAUGCGCCUCGUUCGCACCGUUGCACUGAAUUCAUCGCCGUGCGUAGACAGCUGA